CGUUUUCUGAAGAGUUUUUUUUUUGUUGUUCUGGUUUUCUUUUAGUCUUUGCUAGUCAACAGUUUGCGUAAUGGUUUAUUUAAGAAGCGUUUGUUCUCUGCUCUGGCUUGCUUCCUUUGUUAAAGCAUGUCCAGUAAAUCAGAAACUGAAGCCAGAUGUGGGAGAAUAUGAAUUUUAUUCUGCAAAAGAGGACGACACCAAUACAGAUAUCAUCCUUGAUAUAAAUAAACCACUGUUACUACCUGGGGGACUUCUGGUACAAGGAGAUAUAAUAAAGGAUGAUGUUUCUGUUCGAGCUGUUGGAAAAUGGUCCAAAGUUGGGGAAGAAGUAAUUGUACCAUAUGAAUUGUCCUCUUUGUAUGCUGAAGAAGACGUGAAGAUACUCCAGGAAGCUUUUGAGGGUUUGCAGAGAGAAACCUGUAUACGAUUUGUUCGUCGUACCAAUGAGAAAAGCUGUUUAUCUAUACAGCCACUUCAGGGGUGA